CUAUAUUUGCCAUAGGAAACGACUUCUUCAUGGAGGAUUAUCACAAACCCGACCAGCAGACCCUGCAGGCGCUGCGGAACAUUGCCAAUCGCCUCCGGAUCAACUCCAUCAAAGCUACGACCGCAGCUGGUACUGGACACCCGACAUCAUGCUGCAGCGUGGCGGAGAUCAUGUCGGUUCUCUUCUUCCACACCAUGAAGUACCGCCCCGAGGACCCCAGGAACCCCAAUAAUGACCGCUUCAUCAUGUCCAAGGGCCACGCGGCGCCCAUCCUGUACGCGGUGUGGGCUGAGGCAGGCUACCUGAAGGAGAGCGAGCUGCUGAACCUGCGCAGGAUCGACUCCAUCCUGGAGGGACACCCUGUCCCGAAGCAGCAGUUUGUGGAUGUGGCCACUGGCUCCCUGGGCCAGGGUCUGGGGGCCGCCUGUGGCAUGGCCUACACUGGGAAAUACUUUGACAAGUCCAGCUACCGUGUGUACUGCCUGCUGGGCGACGGGGAGAUGUCGGAGGGGGCGGUGUGGGAGGCCAUGUCCUUCGCCUCCUACUACCAGCUGGAUAACUUGGUGGCCAUCUUGGACAUCAACCGGCUGGGCCAGAGCGACCCAGCGCCCCUCCAGCACCACAUGGAGAAGUACCAGAAGCGCUGCGAGUCCUUCGGCUGGCACUCCGUCGUGGUGGAUGGCCACAGCGUGGAGGAGCUGUGCAAGGCUCUGUCUCAGCCUCGCCACCAGCCCACCGCCAUCAUCUGCAAAACCAUCAAGGGCAAGGGCAUCCCAGCGGCCGAGGACAAGAUGGGCUGGCACGGCAAGGCUCUGCCCAAGGACAUGAUGGACAGCGUAGUGAGGGACCUGCAGACCCGCCUGCAGCAGACCAGCAAGCAGCUGUACCCGGCCCUGCCCAAGGAGGACACCCCGCCCGUCAGCCUGCGCAACAUGCGCAUGCCCAGUGCCCCCAGCUACCAGCCUGGAGACAAGAUUGCCACGAGGAAGGCUUAUGGCAUGGCCCUGGCCAAACUGGGACGCUACAACGAGCGCGUGAUCGCCCUGGACGGAGACACCAAGAACUCCACCUUCUCCGAGAUUUUCAAGAAUGAGCACCCCAACCGCUACAUCGAGUGCUACAUCGCUGAGCAGAACAUGGUGAGUGUGGCUGUGGGGUGUGCCACUCGUGACAGGAACGUGGUAUUUGCUGCCACCUUUGCCACCUUCUUCUCUCGCGCCUACGACCAGAUUCGCAUGGCGGCCAUCUCUGAGAGCAACAUCAACCUCUGCGGAUCCCACUGCGGUGUCUCCAUUGGAGAGGAUGGGCCAUCUCAGAUGGGUCUGGAGGACUUGGCCAUGUUCAGAGCCAUCCCCACGGCAACAAUAUUCUACCCUAGCGAUGGUGUGUCAUGUGAAAAAGCUGUGGAACUGGCCGCUAACACCAAGGGUGUGUGCUUCAUCAGAACCAGCCGCCCAGAGCACACCAUCCUCUACAACAACAACGAGGACUUCCAUGUUGGACAGGCAAAGGUCGUUUACAAGACCAAUGAUGACCACGUCACUGUGAUUGGAGCUGGUGUCACUCUGCAUGAGGCUCUGACAGCUGCCGAGAUUCUCAAGAGAGAGAGGAUCAACAUCAGAGUGAUCGAUCCCUUCACCAUCAAGCCCCUGGACUCCAAGACCAUCAUUGAUAAUGCCAGGGCCACUAGGGGACGUAUUCUCACAGUGGAGGACCACUACUAUGAGGGUGGCCUGGGGGAGGCAGUGUGCUCCGCUGUGGUGAACGAGUCCGGGUUUGUGGUGCAUCGCCUGGCUGUGGCCCACGUGCCACGCAGCGGCAAGCCCCACGAGCUGCUCAAGAUCUUUGGCAUCGACCACGACGCCAUCGCCCAGGCGGUCCGCAAGAUGCUCAGCACCUCCCACAACGACCACAGGACAACCUAAAUAUUCAAACCUUGCUAACCUCAAAACAAACAAGGGA